GUGCGCCGGGAUGAUGGGCGCCAGGGUGACCCGCGCGUUGAGCAAGUUCAACCUGGAGAACCGAGCGCACCGGGAGAUCGCCAAAGCCAAGCCCAGGCCUGCCCCGCGCUACCCCACUGCAGCCGCGCGGGACGACUUGACCAGACUCCAAAAAGAGAUCAAGAAAAAAGAUAACCAUCUUCACACCUUAUUAAAGGAAGUCUAUGUUGAUUCCAGAGAUCCAGCCAUGCAUGUAAACAAAAGAGAAAGCCUUCCAUCUAAGCAAGAAGAACGCAGGCUUACAAAAGUAGGCGGUUUGGGUCAGCUGGAUAUUCAGACUAUUCCCAAAGGCAAAAUCUCAAUAGUCGAAGUCUUGACCCUUCUCAGUAAUCAUCACCAGUCUCCACAGACAUGGACUGCAGAGAAAAUAGCAGAGGAAUACUCUUUAGAUUUGAAGGAUGUGACUGCUCUACUAAAAUUCUUCAUCCCUUUUGCUGUGGAGAUCUUUCCUCAUGUAGACAAAAAAGCUCUAAAACCUAGUUAAACAUGCCUGACAAAUCUUGAUUGACAUUCCUGGAGUCUUCUGUAAACUACACAUCUAAUCCCCUCGUUUCACCCCAGCCACAUUAAAUGUGUCUAAUUUAAGUGGUAUCUGCAUUUAUCUGUCACUUUCACAUUCACAAUCCAUCCUGGGCAUGCUGUUGUGAAGUGGGUAUGCCACUGUGAAGUGGUUAUUGACAAAAUCUAUGAAGAUGUCCUAACUUAGAGUAAAAUUUGUUCAGAAGCGCUUGGUUCUUCAGACCUCUGCAGAAGCUUUUGCCGUAAGAGCAUUCUGUAAAUCGUUUUCAUUAAAGCAAAGCAGAGUUG